AGUCGCGCCAAAAAAGACUUCGAAGGUUCCGCGCACAACCAGCAAACGCGUGUCUCAUAUUCAACAGUAAGAAGUGUCGUGUGCGGUGUGCCCUUUCACAGCGUGUUUAGGGUGGUCUGUGCACUUGCGCAUCUGUCCCGUUCGCGAUUAUACAUCCAACACAGUGUAUACCAGCAGACAACAUUCGAGUUGCUCCCAGUGGCCCCUCCGCUUCAAAGACCCUCUGCAAAGGCAGAUCGACUAGGUGCGCGUGGUGCCGUCACACAGCAACGUCGACGGAUACCGCCUCAUUUCUCGCAGCGAUCGAAAGCAUAGGCCUAGCUCGCGUCUCUUGUGGCAAAUGUCGUCUGCGACGACCUCCUCGUACCCCGCUCAAGGAGGAUGCCUGUGCGGGGCGGUGCGAUACGAGCUAAAGGCGCCGCCUGACGGCUCGUGGAUCUGCUGGUGUCUCUCGUGUCGAAAGACGACUGGGUCUAUCUGCUCCGCCAAUUCUCAUUGCAAAGCAAAGGAUUUCUGCAUCACGAAAGGUGAGGAGUAUCUGACGCUCUACAAAGAAGCAGGCACGUCCAGCGGCCAGGUAUUCGAGGGCUAUUUCUGCCGCCUGUGUGGCUGCAACAUCCACACGACAUCCGACGUGAUGCGCCAAGAGGGCAGCAUCAUCGUCACUAGUGGAACGCUCGACGAGCCGCACAUCUUGGAGUGGAAGCCUACGGCUGAAUUUUUUUGCAUGCGCAAGCCGGGCUACAUGGGGACUUUCCAGGGCACCAAGACGUUUGUGAAGAUGCCUGAAGGCCAUUGAUAUGGACGCAGCAACGGCGAUUGAAAGGGAAAUAUUUCUUGGCCUAGGGAUAUAUGAGAUACGAGGAAAUUCAGUUCAUACGCAUACCUGCAGAGUAUGACAUUUAUGUU